GCUUGCUGUUGUGCUAAUGGUCACGAAUACAGUACUACGAAUAAAACCCUAAACCCUUCCUAUCGUCGGCUCCACAGCCAUGUCCUGCUGCGCACUCCGCCACCGCUCCAAAUCUCUCCCGAAGCUCCUAUGCAACCUCUCCCUUGUACGUACAAUGGGCGGAGGACCACGCACUUUCGCCGGCGGCCUCAACAAGUGGCAGUAUAAGCGCAUGCACGAGAAGCUUGCUAGGGAGAAGGAGCGCCGCUUGCUACAGCAGGAGAAACAAAUAUAUCAAGCAAGGCUCCGAACUGAAAUACGUGCCAAAAUCGCCGGAAAAUCUUCGUACGAUGAUUUCUCAGGCUCUUCCCCUGGCGCUGGCGGAAUGUCGUCCAAGGAUCAUAUCAGGGCCCUUGCCGAUCGCUUCAUGAAAGAGGGUGCCGAGGAUCUAUGGAACGAGGAUGAUGGUCCAAUCAGAUCCCGAACUCAUGGUCGUCCUUCUAAUGUUCCUCCUUCGCGACCCCUUGAUCUCAGAAAGAUUGUGACGGAAAAAAGAGCGUCAAUUGGUUCAUUUGAGCAUCGCAGAAAUUACUCUAAGUGGAGUAGGAAUUCUUCUAGCGACGAGGAUGAGGAUGACUCCGUUGUUCGUUUGGAGGGGGGUUUGUUGAAGAAAUUUCACGGUAAAGGUGGUGGGAGGGUGGAAGGUUUGAGAUUUCCAAGGUUUAGUCAGGAUGAGGAGGAUUCUGAGAAGGAUUUGAAACGGGGAGAUGGAGGACUUGUUAGGAAGAAGAUGAUGAGUGGGGCGGCUUUGAGGAAUUAUGACGUGAAGAUGGACAAAAGGAGGCCUCCUAGACCUGAUAUGGAAGAGAGCGACUUGACUACAGAUAUACGAGAAUUCCAUCGAGAUAUGAGAAAUAGGGCCUCAUUGGAGAAUGCUGUUAAUCAGCAGCAGGCGCAUGAAGGAUCAAUUCUUACUCAGAGGAGGUUUGAUGAGUACAACAUUUCUCCCCUGACAAUCAAGGCCCUUAAUUUGGCUGGAUAUGUUAACUUGACUGUUGUGCAAGAAGCAGCACUUCUAGAAUGCCUUGAAGGCAAGGAUGUUUUAGUUAAAGCAAAAACAGGCACAGGAAAGAGUGCAGCUUUUCUGCUUCCUGCAAUUGAAGCAGUUGUGAGAGCUUCAAACACCAACUCAACAAACCGUGUGCCUCCAAUACUUGUUCUCAUUAUUUCCCCAACAAGAGAGCUUGCAAUUCAGCUUGCUGCUGAAGCAAAUGUUCUGUUAAGAUACCAUGAUGGAGUUGGUGUCCAAACACUUAUUGGUGGUACAAGAUUCAAGCUUGACCAGAAGCGCCUUGAGGAGAAUCCUUGCCAGAUUUUAGUCGCAACUCCUGGUAGGUUAUUGGAUCAUAUUGAGAACAAAUCUGGAUUCUCUGUUCGUCUUAUGGGUUUAAAAACGCUCAUACUUGAUGAAGCUGAUCACUUACUGGACUUGGGAUUUCGGAAAGAUAUAGAAAAAAUUGUUGAUUGCAUCCCACGUCAGAGGCAAACAAUGUUGUUUUCAGCCACAAUUCCUAAAGAAGUGCGUCGCAUUUCUCAACUUCUCUUGAAACGGGAUCACAUCUUUGUUGAUACUGUCGGUCUGGGACAUAUUGAAACUCAUGACAAGGUUGUGCAGUCAUACCUUGUUGCACCACAUGAACUGCAUUUUCAUCUGGUUUAUCAACUAUUGAAUGAGCACAUAAUGAAAGUGCCUGAUUACAAGGUGAUUGUCUUUUGCACAACUGCUAUGGUAACAGCAUUCAUGUAUGUGCUGCUCCGAGAUUUGAAGAUGAAUGUUAGGGAGAUGCAUUCCCGAAAGCCUCAACUAUAUCGAACACGCAUUUCUGAUGAAUUUCGGGAAUCUAAAUGCCUGACUCUUGUAACAUCAGAUGUUUCAUCUCGUGGAAUGAACUAUCCUGAUGUUACUCUUGUGAUCCAAGUUGGAAUUCCUUCAGAUCGUGAACAGUACAUACAUCGCCUUGGAAGAACAGGCCGUGAGGGUAAGGAUGGAAAGGGCAUCUUGUUGCUUGCGCCAUGGGAGGAAUAUUUCAUGAAUGAGAUAAAAGAUCUCCCCAUUGAAAGGAGCGAGCUAACGGAGCUAGGUUCAGAUAUAAAACAGAAGGUUGAACAAUCAAUUGAAAAAAUUGAUCUGAGCAUCAAAGAAGCAGCCUAUCAUGCAUGGCUUGGGUAUUACAACUCUAUUGCUGAUAUUGGCAGAGAUAAAACUACACUUGCUGAACUAGCAAACAGGUUUUGUCAAUCAAUUGGCCUGGAUAGGCCCCCUGCUCUCUUCAGAAAAACAGCAUUGAAGAUGGGAUUAAAGGGCAUUCCUGGCAUUAACAUUAGGAAGUGAAACACAAAAAUCUCUUUUUUCCAUGCUGCUUGCAAUGCUCAUAAUAUCAGGUUGUUUAUUUCCCUACCUUAUGUCUAAAUUUAGUUAAGGGGCUGUUUGGCAACAAGUAGGAUUUAACUUGAAUAGGAUUUACUAAAUCCUGCAAAUCCGGAUUUAGUAAAUCCUGAAAAUGUGGUAACGUAAACAUUAAAUCCUGGUAAAUCCUCUAGAGUUGUUCGACAAUGUAAUCGGAUUUAAGACGGUUAUUUGUAACUUGACGUUGGAAGCCAGGUUCCGUUGUCCGCUCUCCCCCUCUUAUGCUCCCUGAAAUCUGUCGAACUGCAGGAUUUAGCAAAUCCAGGGUUUACCGCACAAAUGACGAGACGGAGAAUUUAUUCCGCCGUAGCUUCCAAUAGCGUCAUAAAUCCUGUUUGGCAGGAUUUAGCGUAAAUCCUGCUCAAAUCGGGCAUAAAUCCUGUUGCCAAACAGCCCCUAAUACAUCUGUCUGCUCGUCUUUUGAAAGAGAAGAUCCAACCUUGGAAUCAUGGAAAUCAUGAGAGAUCGGAUAAAGAAUUGAGUAGAUUAGAAGAGAGGAAGAGAAGAGAGGAAGAUUUUUCUUUUUAUCUUUGUAAAUAAACAAUUGAAUUCUAAUAUGCUUGAUUAUUUUAUAUGUUAAAUUUUUUGAUAAAGAAGGAUAAUAAGCCAAUAAGCCUAAGCCUAAGCCAUGCUUGGCUCAAGCUCAUCAAACUGGACUUGUUUGACUGCCAGCUUAAGGACUGGUUUGGCUCAGUUACAACCCA